GUUGGGCUCUGUUGACCUUGAGUCCGCAGUCCCCUAUCCUACUGAUGGAAGCAUUGCAACCGCUGUGGAGAUUUGUCAAUGUCCACCUGGGUAUACUGGCUCCUCUUGUGAGUCUUGUUGGCCUCGGCACCGACGAGUCAACGGCACUAUUUUUGGUGGCAUCUGUGAACCAUGUCAAUGCUUUGGUCAUGCAGAAUCUUGUGAUGAUCUCACUGGAGAAUGCCUGAACUGUAAGGAUCACACAGGUGGCCCGUACUGCAAUAAAUGUCUUCCUGGUUUCUAUGGUGAUCCUAGUAAAGGAACCUCUGAGGACUGUCAGCCCUGUGCCUGUCCACUCAAUAUCCCAUCCAAUAACUUUAGCCCAACGUGCCAUUUAGACCGAAGUCUUGGAUUGAUUUGUGAUGCAUGUCGUGUUGGGUACACGGGACCACGCUGUGAGAGGUGUGCAGAAGGCUAUUUUGGACAACCUUCUGUACCUGGAGGAUCAUGUCAGCCAUGCCAAUGCAAUGACAACCUUGACUUCUCCAUUCCUGGCAGCUGUGACAGCUUGUCUGGCUCCUGUCUGAUAUGUAAGCCAGGUACAACAGGCCGGUACUGUGAGCUCUGUGCUGAUGGAUAUUUUGGAGACGCAGUUGAUGCAAAGAACUGUCAGCCUUGUCGCUGUAAUGUCAACAGCUCCUUGUCCGAGAGUUGCCAUGCUAGGACAGGACAAUGUGAAUGCAAACCCAAUGUCCAAGGACUGCGGUGUGAUGAGUGCAAGCCGGAAACCUUCGGCCUACAAUCCGGGAGGGGGUGUGUUCCCUGCAAUUGCAAUUCUUUUGGGUCUAAGUCAUUUGACUGUGAAGAGAGUGGUCAAUGUUGGUGCCAACCUGGAGUAACAGGAAAGAAAUGUGACCGCUGUGCUCACGGCUAUUUCAACUUCCAGGAAGGAGGAUGCACAGCUUGUGAUUGUUCCCAUCUGGGUAAUAACUGUGACCCAAAGACUGGACAGUGCAUCUGUCCUCCCAAUACCAUUGGAGAGAGAUGUUCUCAAUGUGCACCUAAUUCCUGGGGUCACAGCAUCACCACUGGUUGUAAGGCUUGUAACUGCAGCUCGGUGGGAUCCUUGGAUUUCCAAUGCAAUAUGAACACAGGCCAGUGCAACUGUCAUCCCAAAUUCUCUGGUGCAAGAUGUACAGAGUGCAAUCGAGGUCACUGGAAAUACCCUCACUGCAGCCCCUGCGAGUGCUUCCUGCCGGGCACUGAUGACAAGACCUGCGAUUCAGAGACUAAAAAGUGCUCCUGUAUCGAUCAGACAGGGCAGUGCGCCUGUAAGGGGCAUGUAGAAGGUGUGCGCUGUGACAGGUGCCGGCCAGGCAAGUUUGGACUUGAUGCCAAGAACCCACUUGGCUGCAGCAGCUGCUAUUGCUUCGGCGCCACUACCCAGUGCUCUGAAGCCAAAGGACUGAUCCGUACGUGGGUGACUCUAAAGCCCGAGCAGACCAUCCUGCCUCUGGUGGACGAGGCCCUUCAACACACCACCACCAAAGGCAUCGUUUUUCAACAUCCGGAGAUUGUUGCACAUAUGGAUCUGGUGAGACAGGAGCUCCAUCUGGAACCCUUUUACUGGAAACUUCCAGAACAGUUUGAAGGCAAGAAGUUGAUGGCCUAUGGUGGCAAACUCAAGUACGCAAUCUAUUUUGAGGCCCGGGAAGAGACAGGCUUCUCUACCUAUAAUCCUCAAGUUAUCAUUCGAGGUGGGACUCCUACUCAUGCUAGAAUUAUCAUCAGGCAUAUGGCUGCUCCUCUAAUUGGCCAGUUGACAAGGCAUGAGAUUGAAAUAACAGAGAAAGAAUGGAAAUAUUAUGGUGAUGAUCCUCGAAUCAGUAGAACCGUGACCCGUGAAGACUUCUUGGAUAUUCUAUAUGAUAUUCAUUAUAUUCUUAUCAAGGCAACUUAUGGGAAUAUCAUGAGACAAAGCAGGAUUUCUGAAAUCUCAAUGGAGGUAGCUGAGCAAGGACGCAUAACAGCAGUGACUCCGCCAGCACGGUUAAUAGAGAGAUGUGAUUGUCCCCCAGGCUAUUCUGGUUUGUCCUGUGAGACAUGCAUGCCAGGAUUUUAUCGACUACGGUCUGAGCCAGGCAGCCACAUUCCCAGGCCAACCCUGGGCACCUGCGUUCCAUGUCAGUGUAAUGGACACAGCAGCCUGUGUGACCCUGAAACCUCUAUAUGCCAGAACUGUCAACAUCACACUACUGGUGACUUCUGUGAACGAUGUACUCUUGGAUAUUAUGGAAUUGUAAGGGGACUGCCAAAUGACUGUCAGCAAUGUGCCUGCCCUCUAAUUUCUUCUAGCAACAAUUUCAGCCCUUCUUGUGUCAUGGAAGGCCACGAUGAUUACCGCUGCACAGCCUGCCCACGUGGAUACGAAGGCCAGUACUGUGAACGGUGUGCCCCUGGCUAUACUGGCAGCCCCAGCAGCCCUGGAGGUUCCUGCCAAGAAUGUGAGUGUGACCCCCAUGGCUCGCUGCCUGUCCCCUGUGACCCUAUCACAGGGCUCUGCACGUGCCGACCUGGAGCCACAGGGCCGAAGUGUGACGGCUGCAAGCACUGGCAUGCACGCGAGGGCGCGGAGUGUGUGUUUUGUGGAGAUGAAUGCACGGGUCUUCUCCUUGGUGACUUGGCUCGCCUGGGGCAGAUGGCCAUGAGCAUCAACCUCACUGGCCCGCUGCCUGCCCCGUAUAAAAUGCUGUAUGACCUUGAAAAUAGGACUCAAGAACUGAAGCAUUUGCUCUCACCUCAGCGAGCCCCAGAGAGGCUCAUUCAAUUGGCAGAGGGCAAUUUGAACACACUCGUGACAGAAAUGAAUGAGCUUCUGAACAGGGCGACCAAAGUGACAGCAGAUGGCGAGCAAACUGGACAGGAUGCUGAGCGGACCAACAGACGAGCAGACUCCUUAGGAGAAUUCAUUAAGGAGCUUGCCCAGGAUGCAGAAGCUGUAAACGAGAAAGCUGUAAGACUAAAUGAAACUCUAGGAACUCCAGACCAGGACUUUGAGAGAAAUUUGCAAGGGCUUCAGAAAGAGAUUGAUCAGAUGAUGACAGAACUGAGGAGGAAAAAUCUCGAUAAACAAAAGGAAGUUGCUGAAGAUGAGUUAGUAGCCGCAGAAGGCCUUCUGAAGAAGGUGAAGAAGUUAUUUGGAGAGGCCCGAGAGAAGAAUGAAAAAGCAGAGAAUGAUAUCCGGGCAAUACUGGCAGAAAACAAAGACAGAGUCGAUGAUGCUUGGAACCUGUUGAGAGAAGCCACAGAUAAAAUCAGAGAGGCUAAUCGCUUAUCCGCAGCAAAUCAGAAAAACAUGACUGCUUUGGAGAAAAAGAAGGAGGCUAUUGAAAGUGGCAAACAACAAACUGAGAACACUUUAAAAGAAGGCAAUGACAUACUCAAUGAAGCCAACCGUCUUGCAGAUGAAAUCAACUCCAUCAUAGAUUAUGUUGAAGACAUUCAAGCUAAGUUGCCACCCAUGUCUGAGGAGCUGAAAGAUAAAAUCGAUGACCUCUCCCAGGAAAUACAGGACAGGAAGCUUGCUGAGAAGGUGUCCCAGGCUGAGAGCCAUGCGGCUCAGUUGAAUGACUCAUCUGCUGUCCUAGAUGGAAUCCUUGAUGAAGCUAAAAACAUCUCCUUCAAUGCCACUGCAGCCUUCAAUGCUUACAGCAAUAUUAAGGACUCUAUUGAUGAAGCUGAGAAAAUUGCCCAAGAAGCCAAAGAUCUUGCACAUGAAGCAACAAAACUG